UCAUUGUUUUCGGGCCCGAGAUUCUGUCCCUUGUUGCCUGUUUGCCAUGUACAUAUCGUCGUCACUUCCAUAUUGUCCGUCCUGUCUCUAAUAAGUCCCCUCCUUAGUUUUUUUUGCAUAUAAAGAACGAAAAAGAAUUGCAGCGUUCUGCAGUCCGGCCCCUUCAGAUUCCGCGCUCAAACUCCCCCACUUGCUACCUACACGUAUUCACGUAUUCACACGGCCGCGAACUGCCCUGUCGCCUAUCCUUUUUCUUGUUCAGUUUCCCUUCGCCCACGAUGCUCAGCUAGCUUUCCCUCGAAGAUUUAUUCAUACGGUGCUGUGAGACGACCUCAACAUGAAUCCUAGUGGCCAGGGCGAAUUGCCCGGCGGCGCGGCUGCCAUUGAACAAAACAUUGAGGAGAAGGAGAGAUCACAACUGGGCAUCGUCACAGAUCAGCAAAAGGACACCGAACCGCUCUCUGAGAAGAGUCCUGCCGCUCCAGUCGGUCCUUCUACGCCCGUCUCUGGAAAUCCCAAAUCUCCCACUGCUGCUGUCUCGCCCACGUCGCCCACUUCGCCUACAUCCCAAUCCUCCGACUCAGACGCUCGUCCGGACCUCAGCAAGUUAGACUCGAAGAUUGUUCAGAUUCGAGAUGUACCAGAGGGCGAUGCGGCAUUGGCCCACUUGCCGGAGCAUGAAAAGGCGAUUCUGAAAAAGCAGCUGGAUGUCCCGGACGUGAAAGUCUCGUACUGGACACUCUACCGUUACGCAACUACGUGGGACAAGGUCUUCAUUGUCAUAGCAUGCCUCAGUGCAAUCGGCGCCGGCGCCGUCAUGCCUCUGAUGACCGUCGUCUUUGGCAAUCUCAGUGGUACUUUUCAAGGACUCGUCCUUAAUAAUCUCUCCUCAAGUUUCAAUUCGACCCUUACACGAUACUGUCUCUACUUUAUUUACCUGGCUAUUGGAGAGUUCUGUCUGGUCUACAUAUCAACCGUUCUUUUCAUUUACACUGGCGAGCACAUUACUUCCAAAGUCCGAGAGCAAUAUCUUAGGGCAAUCUUGCGACAGAACAUCGGAUUUUUCGACAAAUUGGGGGCUGGAGAGGUUACGACCCGCAUCACCGCCGAUACGAAUCUGAUCCAAGAGGCCAUCAGCGAAAAAGUCGGGUUGACCCUGACUGGCGUCGCUACAUUCUUCUCAGCAUUCGUUAUCGGUUUCGUCAAGUAUUGGAAACUGACAUUAAUCUGCACCUCCACCGUUUUCGCCAUUAUCCUGGUCAUGGGCUCUGGAGGUAAAAAGAUGGCGGGAUGGAACAAACAGUCCCUGGGAGCAUAUGCACUGGGAGGCUCGGUGGCGGAAGAAGUACUCGCUUCGAUAAGGAACGCAGUUGCCUUCGGUACUCAGGACAAGCUUGCGAAGCAGUACAAUGUCCACCUUUUGGAGGCUCGACGGUGGGGCAUACGAAGCAAGAGCGCGCUGGGCUGCAUGAUCGGAGGCAUGCUGUGUCUCCUCUUCCUGAAUUACGGUCUCGCAUUUUGGAUGGGCUCGCGAUUUCUGGUCGACGGCGAGGUCACUCUUGCCCAAAUUUUGACCAUCAUUUUUGCCGUCAUGAUUGGUGCCUUCUCUUUCGGCAAUGUUGGGCCUCAUAUGCAACACUUUGCUGCUGGUGUUGGCGCAGCGUCAAAGAUCUACUCGACGAUCGACCGAGCGUCCCCCAUCGAUCCUCUUUCCGACAACGGCGAAAAACUCGAUCAAGUUGAAGGAACUCUCGAACUGCGGAACGUCAAGCAUAUCUACCCGUCGCGAGCUGAAGUUGUGGUCAUGGAAGACGUCAGUCUGGUCAUACCCGCAGGCAAGACAACCGCGCUUGUCGGAGCUUCUGGCUCGGGCAAGUCGACCAUAGUUGGGUUGGUAGAGCGGUUCUACGAUCCUGUGGGUGGUAUGGUCCUCCUUGACGGGCACGACAUCAGCACGCUCAACCUCCACUGGCUACGACAACAGAUUGCCCUUGUCCAACAAGAGCCGGUUCUCUUCAGCCAGACCAUCAGAGAAAAUAUCCGAAAUGGUCUCGUCGGUUCCAAGUACGAGGACGAGUCAGACGAGCAGCAGCAGAAACGUAUAAUCGAUGCCGCAAAGCAAGCAAACGCCCACGAUUUUAUUUCCUCUCUUCCUGACGGCUACGAGACACACGUUGGCGAACGUGGCUUCCUUUUGUCUGGCGGUCAAAAGCAACGUGUCGCCAUCGCUAGAGCUAUUGUCAGUGAUCCAAAGAUUUUAUUGUUGGAUGAGGCCACAAGUGCACUUGAUACCCGCUCGGAAAAAAUAGUGCAGCAUGCGCUAGACACUGCAGCGAAAGGCAGAACUACUAUUGUGAUUGCUCAUCGGUUGUCAACUAUCAAAACUGCAGACAACAUUGUGGUCAUGCAACAAGGACGGAUUGUGGAGCAAGGCACCCAUGACGAGCUGCUGGAACGGAAACAAGCUUACUUCAAUUUGGUCUCUGCUCAGCGCAUCGGCAGUAAGGAGGACGAGGAGUCUGAGCAAGAGACGGUCGCCGGCGAAGCCGAACUCACCAAGAUCCAGUCCACCAAAUCUGGCAGUGCCGGGAUCGUAGAUCCCGAUGACGAGAAGCUCGCAUUAGGCAGGACAAGAAGCGGCAAAUCUGUGUCCUCUAACGUCCUCGCCGACAAAAAAGGAGAGAAGGAAGCUCACUAUUCUCUCUGGACUCUUAUCAUGUUCAUUGCACGCUUCAACCGAAGAGAGUGGUGGAUUAUGUGUAUCGGAUUCUUCUUCACGGCUAUCGGAGGGGCCGCUCAGCCGGUCCAAGGUAUCUUCUUCGCCAAAUGCAUCGUCGCGCUGUCCCAACCACUGGUUUUCCGUCACCAGAUUCGGCAUGAUAUCAACUUCUGGUCACUAAUGUAUUUGAUGCUUGCAUUCGUGGAUCUCUUCGCGAUGUGCAUACAAGGUAUCGCCUUUGCCUAUUGCAGUGAGAGCUUGAUUCAGCGCGCACGAGACGGUGCAUUCCGAAGAUUCUUGAGACAGGACAUUGCCUUUUUUGACGAAGACGAAAACUCUACUGGCGCCCUUACGUCUUUCUUGUCAACAGAGACUACCCACCUUGCGUCAAUUUCUGGGGCGACACUGGGGACCCUCAUAAGCUGUUCAUCCACUUUGAUUGUUGCAAUUGUGGUGGCGCUCGCCAUCGGCUGGAAGUUAGCACUGGUGUGCAUGUGCGCUUUGCCCGUCAUCCUUGGGACGGGCUUCCUCAGGUUCUGGGUUCUUGCCAAAUUCAGUGCAGCAAACCGGAAGCACUACGAAAAGUCGGCCGGAUAUGCGUGCGAGCACACAAAUGCCAUCCGAACAGUUGCAUCCUUGACGACCGAGCGAGAGAUCUACGACGAGUACAAGCGCCAGCUUCGAGCUCAAUUGCGCGACUCUCUCAAGUCGAACCUGAAGCAUGCCUCCCUAUACGCCGCAUCGCAAUCCGCCAUGUUUUUGGCAUUUGCUCUCGGCUUUUGGUAUGGGGGCAAACUCUUGGUCCGAGGGGAAUACAGUCUGUUCCAAUUUUUCAUUGUCUUUUCAGAAAUCAUCUUCGGUGCACAAUCAGCAGGCACCGUCUUCUCAUUUGCUGGAGACAUGUCCAAGGCAAGGAAUUCAGCUGCUGAAUUGAAGAAGCUGUAUGACCGCCAGCCUUCCAUUGACCCGUGGUCAGACGACGGCGCACCAAUCACUGAUGUCGAAGGCACCAUUGAGUUCCGAGAUGUGCAUUUCCGAUAUCCCACACGACCAGAGGUCCCCGUCCUGCGUGGCUUAAACUUGACCGUCAAACCUGGACAAUAUAUCGCCCUUGUUGGCGCGUCUGGGUGUGGGAAGUCGACGACUAUCGCACUGUUGGAGCGUUUCUAUGACCCGCUCGCAGGUGGCAUUUAUGUUGAUGGUCAGGAAAUCUCAAGCCUCAACCUCAAUGACUACCGCUCGCAUCUUGCUCUGGUGUCCCAGGAGCCAACACUAUACCAAGGCACCAUCAAGGAUAACGUCCUGCUCGGUGUCGACAGAGGCGAAAUCAGCGAUGAGCAGAUCAUCCGAGCCUGCAAGGACGCAAAUAUCUAUGACUUUAUCAUGUCUCUACCAGACGGCUUCGCCACAGACGUUGGCAGCAAAGCUGCACUGCUCUCGGGCGGUCAGAAACAGCGCAUUGCCAUUGCCCGUGCCCUACUCCGCGACCCUAAGAUACUUCUGCUGGAUGAGGCCACAAGUGCUUUAGACAGCGAGUCUGAAAAGAUUGUGCAAGCUGCUCUAGAUUUCGCUGCUGAGGGCAGAACAACUAUUGCGGUGGCACACAGACUAAGCACGAUUCAGAAAGCGGACAUCAUUUACGUGUUCGACAAAGGUGUAAUAGCGGAGAAGGGCACCCACCAUGAGUUGAUGGCAUUGAAGGGAAGGUAUAGAGAGUUGGUCAGUCUACAGAGUCUAGAAAAGCAGCGGUGAUUCUUUAAUUUUGGGGUUGUUGGGAUAGCUUUUGGAAGGCAGAAUUGGUUCAAUUUGCCGCCUUGGGAAAUUACUUGUACAGGCACCUCACUCCUGUCCUAUGGAUAUCGUUAUUACUAGAGGUAAAGAGCUCAUUCAUGGAAUGCGAGCGACCAAAGAAUUGGCUUUAGAAAAGGGAUCACCUCGCUCCUAGCUACGCAAAAGUGACACCUUGUCGUGGACAAACUUGGAGAGCCCGUUCUGCUCUUGCAGAGGAAUGAAAUCAGACACGAUGGCCUUGUGAAUUAGAACCUAUACUGGUACGAGUAAAGAGAG